AUGCCGAGGAAUCGCGGCAGACCCAGUCUAAGUCAAGGCUUGGACCGCGAGGUCUACCAAGUGGUACGCAAAAUUAUUGACGACCAGCCUGACGAAGGUCGCAUUCGUCUCUCGGCGCCGGCAAUCUACGAGACGAUCAAGAAGUCCAAUUCCAGUCUGAACCGCAAACCCAAGAAGUUACUGGAAGACAGUGUGGAGCGCGUGUUGGAGGUGGUGAAGAGCGAUGUGCUCGGCGACGAAGAGGACUCGGUAGAGGGAGACUUCGAAGGACUCGAAGAGCCACCACAGACGGAGGCCAAUGGUUUGAACCGGAGCAUCGUCGGCAUGUGGUCGACAGGGUCGAAAUCGGCUCCGUCACAAAAGACCGGCGAAUCGAAUGGCAAUACACCAGCAGCCGCAACCACAUCCUCCAAGAGAAGACAGCAUGGGGGGGAAUCUGCGUCCAAGCGGCGCAAAGGCGACGCCGCGAUCGAUCGAUCACCGCCAACGCACGUCAGUCUCGCGGACCUGGGUGGGCUGGACGACGUGGUCCAGGAGCUGGGAGAUUUGGUUAUAUUGCCCAUGACUCGGCCGCAGGUAUACUUGUCUUCGAACGUGCAACCACCACGCGGAGUAUUGCUGCAUGGUCCGCCAGGAUGCGGUAAAACCAUGAUCGCCAAUGCGUUUGCGGCGGAACUGGGCGUGCCGUUCAUUUCCAUCUCGGCCCCUUCCAUUGUAUCUGGGAUGUCGGGCGAGUCCGAGAAAGCGCUGCGUGAGCACUUCGAUGAGGCAAAGCGGAUCGCUCCCUGUCUGAUCUUUAUCGACGAAAUCGACGCAAUCACACCUAAACGAGAGAGCGCGCAGAGGGAGAUGGAGAAGAGAAUUGUUGCCCAGCUGCUGACCUGCAUGGACGAAAUCGCUCUCGAAAAGACAGAUGGCAAGCCGGUCAUUGUACUGGCGGCCACCAACCGCCCAGACAGCUUGGAUGCUGCACUGCGUCGGGGUGGCCGCUUUGACAAGGAAAUCAACAUGACCGUGCCUUCAGAGCCGGUCAGAGAGAAGAUCCUGCGAGCACUUACCCGGAAGAUGCGUCUCGCAGACGACAUCGAUUUCAAGACCCUGGCCAAGCGAACUCCUGGGUUCGUCGGAGCCGAUCUUAAUGACCUUGUCUCAACGGCAGGCUCGGCCGCCAUCAAGCGGUACCUCGAGAUCCUCAAAUCAAACAGUGGUGAAGAAAUGGAGAUCGAAGGGCUGGAUGAUCUCAGCUCGAAGGUGCGGGAACUGCGUCGUCUCAUAACACACGCCAAAGAGACUCCCAUCGGCGAGGAAACACAAACUGUACUCGUCUCCAACGCAGACUUUUUUGUCGCGUUGCCCAAGAUCCAACCGUCCUCCAAGCGUGAGGGCUUUGCCACCAUCCCAGACACCACCUGGGCCGACAUUGGCGCUCUGGGCGGUAUUCGCGACGAGCUGUCCACCGCCAUCGUCGAACCCAUCAAGAACCCCGACAUCUACGCCAAUGUCGGUAUCACCGCGCCGACGGGCGUUCUCCUCUGGGGCCCGCCGGGUUGCGGAAAAACGCUACUGGCCAAGGCCGUGGCCAACGAAUCGCGCGCCAACUUCAUCAGCGUCAAAGGCCCCGAGCUCCUCAACAAGUUUGUCGGCGAGUCCGAGCGUGCCGUGCGCCAGGUCUUCGUCCGCGCUCGCUCAUCUGUUCCGUGUGUUAUCUUCUUUGACGAGCUGGAUGCCCUCGUGCCUCGUCGCGACGAUACCCUCUCCGAGGCCUCCGCUCGUGUCGUCAACACCCUCCUCACCGAGCUCGACGGCUUGGGCAGUAGUCGUCAAGGCAUCUAUGUCAUCGCGGCCACCAACCGCCCGGACAUCAUCGACCCGGCGAUGCUUCGUCCCGGCCGCCUGGAGACCUUGUUGUUUGUCAACCUGCCGUCGCCGCUCGAGCGCGUCGAGAUCCUCCACACUCUUACCCGCAAGAUCCAGCUUGAUUUCUCCGAAGAUCUGAGGAGGGUCGCCGAGGAAUGCGAGGGUUUCAGUGGUGCCGACUUGGGCAGUUUGCUCCGUCGUGCCGGGUACUCAGCCAUUAAGCGCCGCGAUACCAUCAAGCUCGAGGAUUUCGUUACUGCCAAGUCAUUUAUCCGUCCGAGUGUUACUGACAUGAAGAAAUAUGAGAAGUUGAGACGGGAUUGGAGCGGUGGUGUGGUAUGA